CUUCACAUCUCCUAGCUUCUCCCCUUUCACUUGAGUUUCGAUUUUUCGUUUUCACACUCUUGCGCUGUUGAAUUCUUAUGUUGUUGUUUUUUGUAUUUUGCAAGUAACCCAGGACUUGGGGUAAUAUUUGUCUUGUAUUUUGUUUGCUUUACGAACGAAGGACAUUGUCGGAUCUGAUGAGUUUUAAGCACUGCUUACUGUUUUACAUAUGCUUACUUUUUAGGUAAGACAUGGUUAAGCAUAACAAUGUUGUGCCAAAUGGGCACUUCAAGAAGCACUGGCAAAAUUAUGUCAAGACAUGGUUUAACCAACCAGCUCGAAAGACUCGCAGACGCAUUGCUCGUCAGAAGAAGGCGGUCAAAAUAUUUCCUCGACCUACUGCUGGACCUCUUCGACCCAUUGUACAUGGCCAGACUUUGAAGUAUAACAUGAAAGUGAGAGCCGGUAGGGGGUUUUCUCUUGAAGAACUCAAGGCUGCUGGUAUUCCAAAGAAACUUGCUCCGACAAUAGGAAUUGCAGUUGAUCACCGUCGCAAGAAUCACUCCCUGGAGGGACUCCAGGCUAACAUUCAGAGGCUGAAAACAUACAAGGCCAAAUUGGUUGUCUUCCCAAGACAUGCUCGCAAGUUCAAGGCUGGUGAUUCUGCUCCUGAGGAACUGGCAACUGCUACUCAAGUACAAGGACAUAUUAUGCCUAUUGCAUGUGAGAAGCCAUCCGUGGAGCUUGUGAAGGUCACUGAGGAGAUGAAGUCAUUCAAGGCUUAUGACAAGCUUCGAGUGGAGCGUACAAAUGCACGCCAUGUUGGUGCCAGGUUGAAGAGGGCUGCAGAAGCUGAGAAGGAAGAGAAGAAGUAGAAGUUAGACCCUAUCAAGGGGAUUUUUGAGUGGGAACUGGGAAUUUUGUUGUUUCAUCUUGAACUGGGUUCAAUUUACUGGUUUCCAACCUGUAGACUCGACCAUAAUUUUUUAAAAUGUUAAUCGAGUUUCAGCAAGGAUUCUUAGUUUGUGGACAUGCUUAAUUUAUUCAACGUUCUCCUUGCCCCA